UAGAAAGAGAUGCAAGCAUUAACGUGACCCGGACCUAUUGACGUGCCAACAGUCCAAACUAGUCAACCCGAACUUGCAAAAAUCCAUGAGAAGAGGACCACUUGGCUUUUACAAAAGCCACAAAAUGGAGUCAAGAUUUACACAAUACGUCACGAUAGCUGCUGUUGUCGCUACAUAUUGGUGUGUGUCUAUAUCUAUGGUGUUUCUGAACAAGUAUCUGUUGAGCAGUGAGGAUCUUAAGUUGAAUGCCCCAUUAUUUAUCACAUGGUACCAGUGUGUUGUAACAGUUGGGAUAUGUCUUGGACUAAGUUAUAUAUCCAAGCUCUUCCCAAAUCAUAUCACCUUUCCACAGGUAGAUUUUGAUCUAAAGAUAUGCAGAGCAACUCUACCACUGUCUAUUGUUUUUGUAUCCAUGAUAUCAUUUAACAACUUGUGUUUGAAGUUUGUUGGUGUGGCAUUUUACUAUGUUGGCAGAUCAUUAACCACUGUAUUCAAUGUGGUAUUUUCUUACUUUAUUCUGAAACAAACAACAUCAUGGAAGGCAAUGGGAUGCUGUGGUAUAAUAAUAUGUGGAUUCUUCAUGGGAGUCGACCAAGAAAAAGUAGCAGGGUCAUUGUCAGUUAUGGGCGUAGUCUUUGGAGUUUUAGCCAGUGCUAGUGUAGCAAUGAAUUCUAUAUAUACAAAGAAAGUACUGCCAUUGGUUGAUAACAACAUAUGGAGACUAACAUUAUACAAUAACAUCAAUGCAUCAUUUCUCUUCUUACCAUUGAUGGCAUUGUUCGGAGAGGCACCUGAGGUCAUAUUUUUCCCCAAACUGGGAAAUCUGUCAUUUUGGUUUUACAUGACUUUAGGUGGAGUGUUUGGUUUUGCCAUUGGCUAUGUUACUGGCCUACAGAUUAAAGUAACAUCUCCAUUAACACAUAAUAUUUCCGGCACAGCUAAAGCUUGUGCCCAAACUGUGAUGGCAUGUUCUUAUUAUGGUGAUAUUAAAUCUACUCUGUGGUGGACCAGCAAUGCUGUAGUGCUGGCUGGGUCUGGAGGUUAUACAGAGGUCAGACGAAGAGAGAUGGACCAACAACGUAAGGAGGCAGUCAUGGUUUUAGCAGAGAAAGUAAACGUAGAUAAAGAUAUGCCCUGAUUCUAUGUUAUAAUAUAAACUGUACUAACAUAUCUGAUCAGAUUGAUACUCAAUGUGGGAUUUAAUAAAACUUACAAAACCAAGGUUGGUGAGGCUAUGCAUGAAGUUAAUUUGUUGUAAUGUUGAUGAAUUUCAAAGUUACAAUGUAUGUGGGCUCCCUUUAAAAUUAGAUAAUGCCUUUUCAAUUUAUAAUAAGUCUUUACAAUACUUAAUUUAAUGCAAAACUAGUCAGAAUAAUACAUUUGAUUCAUGAUCAUGUCAAUUCCAUUAAAAUACCAGAAAAACUCUUUGACUAUUCACUGAUUUCUGACAUCAUUUUAAAAAUUUUCGUGGGCUAACUGGUAUUCUGUAUCUUUGAAGUGACAAAGUCUUGUGUCUGUUUGACAUUUUCAAACACAAGGUCUUUAUUCUUAUGUACAUAAUUCAACCCUGCUAAAAUUAAUAUGUUAAUUUUAUCUUUUUUUAUACAUUGAUGCAUUUUAAGCAGUCAUUAAAAAUUUCUUUCUAAUAUAUAUAAUAUUCAUCCUGUUGGUCAACAUACUGAUUUAGAUUUUAUGCCAAACCAGCAGAAAAAUUACAUCACUUAAAACCUUAUACUUUGACAGAAAUAUAACGAUUGGAAUCAAAUGUAUUAUUUCUCAUAGAAAGACUUUGAACUGUCUACAACUGCAGCUAUAGUCCGAGUUGAUUUAAUAAAAAAAGAGAUGUUGUUUAAUUUGGACCAUAGAGACCUAAAAUGUGUUCCAUAGGUCUUUAUUCUUAUUGGUGUUCUAGAAAUCCAUUUUUACUGUGUUAAGCAAAAAAUUUUGUUACAUUACUGAUAGAUUUUAUACAGAGGGUUUUAUAUGUUUGGUAUUUAUAUAAUGAGGCAUAUUUUGUGUGUAUUGUUUGUUAACUUGUUAUGUUUAAGAAAUGAUGAAUGGUUAGUUGUAAAAUAUCAGUAGGUUUGUUUUUCUUUUGAUUCCUACUUAAAACUUGUUAAAUUUUUUGUCUAUGAUUUUUUUUAGUUCUCUGCAUCAAUUUUGUUUCCCAUCAAUGUCUGACACUGUCAUUAAUAAUCACCUCAUAAAUGUUUUAAAUGCAGCAACCCAGAUAACAAGAGUAGUCAUUUAACUUUAACAUUGCUUCCAUAAUGAUAUGUAUUAUCAGUUAUGCUUUUAGACAUCCAUGUGGAAUAAAAUUGUGCUAUAAUUGAAUACCUUUAUGUAUUUUUGUACCUUUUUGUACUGUUAACCUAAGUAUAAAAAAAUCAUCAGACUUUUUGAUUGAUCUCUUUGAUUUUGCUGUAAGUGUUAUUGUCAAAAAACAAGUAAGUAAGAUGAAGAUACAUAUAUGUUAACCUUUUUAUAUAGAAAUCCAUUUUGGACAAUUUCAGUCCCUAUUACAUUAAAUGUGUCUUACUAAUCUGCCUCUCUUAAGAUCCUUUCUUCUAUAUUAAAUCAUGUCUUUCAAUUGUUACAACCAACACUAUUAUCAAUAAGAUCUAACAUAGGGGAUGUAAACCACUUCUUUUUUUACUGCCAUUUUUACAUGUUUAUACAAACCAAAGUGAAAUCUCAAUGACAAUCAUAACUUCAGUUGGCAUUCUGAAAGUUGACCUUUGAAAAAAAUCUCGAACCCUUUUAUAUAUAAUAACAAAAAUACUAAUCAUGGAAUUCUUUAAUAAAUUGAAUAGAAUUUAAAAAAUAAAUCAAAUUUGUGAUAAUAGCAGGUUUUCACCAUACAUGUACGAUAUUUAUUUAAUCCACACAUGUGUUGAGUACUUUCAUCACUUUUGGGCAUUAAUCAUACAUAUGAGAAUUAUCAUGUUAGUUCUUAAGUGACCAUCUACAUACAUGGGCGCAAUUUCAAGAACAAAAGUAAGACAUUUUCUGUACCCACAUUUUAAGGAAAUACAUUUAAAAUGAUUUCUUAUUUAUAUGGACUAAUCAUCAACAAUAAAUUUAACCAAAUGUGCAAUGAAUCUCAUUAAAUAAUCAUUAUCCAUAUUUUUUAAUUCCAUUUCAAUGUAUUAAUAUUCUGUGUAAUUAAAACCUCUUACAGACUUACAACCAAAGGGACUAAAAAGAUUGUAUGAGCUUGUCUUUGUAAGCAAAUUUAAUCGGAACAUUUUUUUCUGGAAAAACAAAAAAUUGUGUUGUUAAGGAUGUAUGAUUUUAUGGUUUUUUAACAACAUUCUGCAUAAAUUGUACAAGCCUGUAGAAAAUCUGUAUUGUGUUGAACUGUUGGUUUUUGCAUAUACUAAAUAAUGCAUAAAAAUGAAUUCCUCUCAUAUAUAAUAAUCAUGAUAAUGAAUCUGUAGUACUUUGUAAUAGAAUGGCUGUGUUAUUAUAGAGUCAUUUUUAAGUAGGUACAUUGUUUGAUGGGUUGUAUAAUAUAUUUGUAGUUAGCUAUAACAUUCCUAAUCUGUAGUGUUGAUGUUUGAGAUAAAUAAAUAAAACACUGAAUAUUUUGUAAUAUAUGCACUCAUCUGCUUGAAUAAAGAUAAAUAUUUUGUUAUACA